AUGGCGGAGUACCCAUACAGCCGACAUACGUACCAUGCUAACGGUGAAAAUACACCUGAGGACUACAUGGAUAAUGAUUCAUUUGGAAGAUCACUUGGACCGCACGCGGUGCAAGACAUGAAUACCGCGGAUACAGACGCUGAACUAAACGCCAAAAGAGAUGUGGAAAGGAUGUUACGCCGCUCAGUGGUGUAUACAGGGGCCCAAAGGGCUUCAAGAGCUAACAAGUUUAAUCAGAUCUCUGAAAGGCCAACCAUACAGAUUUCAGAAGAAAAUGGACCAAAAAUUAAUCAACAUAUCUCUAGACGAGAUGGAAAUCGAGCAACGAUGCCCGCGGGACAACUAUCAACAUACCCGAGGUUUGGACUGGGUAUACCAGAAGCCGUUAAAAGCUAUGAUUUCGAGGAAAUAGUUACUCAAAGAUACGGCGAAACUCGUGGCCAUGGCGAGAGAGAAGUUGAUUCGGACAACGAGGAUGACAAAUUCGGCAUGAGGAAGUUUCAAGCGGGAGACAACAACAGAAGGACGACAACGAAUGGUAACAGAAAAAACAAGAAACAGAUGAGACGAGAGGAACAAUAUGGACACAGUGACACAGACAGCGUCUUCAGUCGUAAGAUACCAACGCGAUGGAGCACAAGAGGGGCCGAGUUUGAUGCGAUGUCUGGAAAACACAACGUAGACUACCCACGAUGGUGGAAAGAUUAUUCAGACAAUUACACGGACACACAUUCGUCAGGGGACAGCGCCAGUAGAAAGUAUGACAGUGAGAAACACCCCUGGUGGGAAAACAAAAAGAUCCUAAUUGCCGCCCUUAUCAUAGCUUUGCUGGCAUUAGUGACGGUUUCUAUCGUUAUUUUCAGUAUUCGAAACAAACCUUUGAUUGAACAAAAGAAGAAGGACAUCAGUGUGGAAAUGAGUAUGUCGUUGAAUGAAACAUACAAGCCAAAAUACAAUGAUACCAACUCGGUAGAAUUCCAGAACUUCGAAAGGGAUUUCUGUGACGAGGUUAAGCAAACAUAUGCGGCUGAAGACAGCAACCUUAAGGAUAAAUACACAGGGUGUGAGGUCACGGUCACAACAACCACCACACCAACCACAACAACCACCACACCUACAACCACCACCACACAUACACCCACAACUACUUCAUCCCCGUCAACCACAACUACCACACCUGCUACCACCACAACUACCACAACACCUUCAACAACAACUACCACAACACCUACAACCAAAACUGUCACCACACCUGCAACAACAAUUACCACACCACCUACAACAAAAACUACCACAUCAACUACAACUACAACUACCACACCACCUACAACCACAACUACAUCAGCUACCACAACCGCACCUACCACUCCUAUAACAACAACCAUCAUACUUACAACCACAACUAUCACACUUCCUACCACCACAACUACAACAACACCUGCAACCACAACUACCACAACACCUGCAACCACAACUACAACACCACCUACCACCACAACUUUAUCACCGACUACAACCACAACUUCAUCACCACCUACAACCACAGCCUUAACCACAACAAACCCCACAACCACAGUUACCACUCUUAUAACCACAACUGCCAUACCUACAACUACUGAGACAACCACAGCAACUACAACGAGUCCUCCAAGUUUGCCAGCUGUCGUUAUGGAUGACGUCACAGCCGUGGUAAACGAACCGGCAAGAUUGGACUGUACCGUGAUUAAUGCCGGUGACUGGGACAAUAUUACCAUAGUUACAACCGGAAGUGAUGCAUUUGUCGUCAAGAGAACCGAAGGCGGCUUCACGGAAAACGGAAAUAACGUCACGGUGUUUAAAGAUUUCACAUUAAUACAGUGUAAUGAUGCAGGUGUCUAUACCUGUUCAGUUGACAACAUAGUAUCAGACACCGGAGAUAUAGACGUAACAGGAAAACCCACAAAUGUUACACUGAAUUUGUCAAGUACGCUUAAUGAAGGGCAAACAACAUCGGCUGUUUGUAAAGCGAUUGGCACGGCCGAUAUAAAAAUCGAACUGCAUGUAAAGAAACCACUUGCAUCAGCAUACGAAAUAUUCACUGAAGAAACGACGACAUCGCCGACACAAGAUGGCGACUGUUUGUUGUUAUCUACAGCUACUUUUAACUUCGUGCUUAGUUUUGUUGACAAUGGAACAGAAAUUAAAUGUGUUGCAUUGAACACAAAACUGGAUGUGACCAGAGAGUCCCAAACAGAAAAAGUCUUUGUCAUCAGGGGAGAUGUGUCUUUCGACAGCUAUGAACAAACUUUGGAAGCCAGUAAAGCGUCUCCACCUUUCCGGUGCACAGCGUCAAACAGUGCAUCUUCGUCGACAAUGACAAUUCGUAGGAGCGAUAGUUUUGGCAAUAAUACGGUACUCAUCACAUAUGAUGGUAAUGCGGUUCAGUAUGGAUCUACAAGGCUACAGAAUGGAGCUGUUUCUUCAACCGGAAAUGAUCUCGUACUGACGUUUGAAAUCAGUACUGUAUCGUGUGAAGAUAUUGGUACUUACAGUUGUGUCGUCAAUAACAGUGUUUCGAUUUUGACGUCACCGGACAAAAUCAUUGACGUGGAACGUCCGCCGGGUAUUCCUGUUUUGGAGCUUAAUCCUCAUCAGACGACAAUACCAAACGACCCUAACGCACCAUCAAACUUGCACAAAUGUAGUGUCGACGAAGGUUUUCCCGAAGGCAAAGUAGAUAUUGAGAUAUUAAGAACUGAUGCUGUCAUGUUUGAAAAAAUUACGUCAACCGAUCUUAAUAGUGUAUCAAUCAAUCCUGGAACGUGGGGAUGCGAAGACACUUUAAGAACGAUCAAAUUUGGAAUCAAUUUCCAAAGCAAUAUGGAAGGAGCGAUAAUCCGUUGUGUAGCUGUGAGCAGUGACGAAAGCAUCAUAACAUAUUCAGACAAUGCCACUAUUGAACUUGUACCAGACAAUAUAUGCGAUGAUAUAGGAAGCGACAAGGUAACAGCCCAUCCUAACAACUGCCACAAGCACGUGGAUUGUAAUAGUGGAGUGCUAGUGGUAGACGUGUGUAAAGAGAAAUGUUUUGUGUCCCGAGGAACAUAUGCAGACUGUGACGACUGUUCGAACGUCCCGUGUCCUCCACCUACUACCACACCGCCUCCUACGACAACGUCUGCCGCUCCAACACUCCUGUCAUGUGCCGAUAUAUCGGGUUAUAUUGAUGAUGCAGCAUUUCUACAAUGUGAAAUAGCUAGUGAUGAUUUUGACUCAAUUGAACUUUCACAUAUGCCCUCGACAUCAACCGUGUUAUUGCCCUUAGGUAAUCUUACGAAGUUGUCAGCUGUUGUCACGGCAACGGAUUCUAUUUGGACCGGCCUUCAUUUUGCCUACCACACGACUGGUUCAAUGAAUUAUAUCAACAUAACAAUACCUAAAGUAAGCUGUACAAUGGGUGGAGCGAUUCAUCUAAUAUUAACCAAGGGCAAUGACUCGUCGGCGACAACCUCACAAAUAAAUGUAUUAGAUAUCCCGAAAACAGCACCUACAAUUUCUUUAAUCUUCGCUGAAAUUGUUGAGAACAAGGCGCAGAAUUUUAAAUGUGAAGGCGAAAUUGGUACAGAUCAAGGAACCAUGACAUUGGAGAUUCUCGAUAGAGCAACAGACACAUUCAUCCCAGUCAUAAGCUCUAAAAAUCCAACAGAUCAAAAGAGCGGCUGUAUGGUGACGCGGACUAUAGAUAGGCAGUCAACUAUAUCUAUCAUCCAGAACGGCACAGUCGCACGAUGUUCCGCUUCACUGAAGGAUAGCAUAAAGGUCAAGGAUGUCACCUUAGUUUCCGAUAAUGUCACAUUGCUUGUGAUUCCAUUAAGUGUAUGCAGACCAAACGAUACUAAGGUAGCAAACCCGUACGAUUGUUACCGCUUCGUGACAUGUGGAGUAGGGGUAAUAACAGACCAGCCUUGUGGAGCCCUCUGUUUCAAUCCAGAAUAUAAAAACUGUACUACAAACUGCGAUCAUUGUGAAACACAAGAUGGUAACUCACAAACAACUACUACACAAUCUUCAGUGUCAUCAACCACAUCAGAAGCUUUCGUCGAUCCGUAUGACUGCUCUAACUAUGAAGGAGCAUGGUACAUACCGCCAGUUGACAUCUACCCUUCCAAAUGUGACCAAUUUGUUUGGUGUGCAAAUCGAGCAAAGGCAGCGAAUAGAGCAUGUAACCCAGGACAAUAUUUCACGAACUUCACGCAGUCGGCUCAAACGUGUACUUCAGAUUACGAAAACUCGUUAUGUGCAUCCUACGGCCCGUUACCCUCAACUACCACCGAACCAGUGCCAACAGUUCUAACAAGCACCACACCGUCCACUACCACAGUCCAACCUGAUGUAUCUUUCGAUCAGCCUGAAUACGUUGGUGUUUUAAGUGGCAGCGGGGUAACAAUGACGUGUAGAAUCAUUACGUCAUCAUGGAACUAUAUUGACGUCAUUCGUUUCGAUCCUGCUGCAACGGACGUGCUGGUUGCAAGGGUAACCGGAUCGUUGAUUACUCAUCCGUUUUCCCCAAGAAUCACUGCCAGUGUAACUGGAGGAAAUGUUGUCGUUGAUUUUACCACUGUUGAGUGUGGCGACGCAGGGACUUAUUUAUGUGUAUUGAAUGCUACAACAGGCAGGAUUAUAUCACCAACCUCAGUCCUACAUGUCCGACGCCCUCCUUCACUUCCUGUACUUCACUUAAAAGGUCACCAGGUCGUCGGCUCAACCGUCAACUAUGUUCACAAACACACAUGUACUGGAGAUGUGGGUUAUCCCGCCGGACAGUUUAAAGUUCAAUACGCACCCACAGGGUCCUCUGUAUUCACUGACCUUAGCGUGUCAAAUACCCAGACUUCACCGAGUGAUUGGCUCUGUAACAGUACCGAACGAACGAUGGAAUACGUAAUAGACUUUCAAACAGACAUGGAGGGAGGAUUGAUAAGAUGUGCCUUAUAUAACUCACUCAACAGUUUGACAACAUACUCCGAUAAUACAACUAUUGAAUUAAUUCCAAGUGAUAUUUGUACAACGACAGAAUUGAAAGUUUUACAUCAUCCAAAAAACUGCAAGAAAUAUGUCACGUGUUAUGGAACUGCUGAAGGUUUCGACACAUGUAAUGGGAAGUGUGUGAAGAUAGAAAACGGCAAUUCUCCAACAUGUGUUGACUGUAGUGAAGAUGUUUGUCCAAAACCAGAUGUAUCCACUAUGACUCCAAUGGUAACCACUUCUGGGCCAUCAUCUCUAACAUGUGACGAUAUAUCGGGAUACGUCGGCGACGCAGCCUUUCUUCAAUGUCAGAUUGUAAGUAACGAUUUCGACAUCAUCGUCCUUUCCCAUUUAUCCUCUCCAUCGACUGGAUCAGUAGUUAUGCUAUUGGGAAGUCUAACGAAAACAUCAGCUGUUGUCACCACGACGGAUCCUAUUUGGUCGGGCCUUGACCUUGCGUACCACACAGCUGGCUCAUUGGAAUAUAUCAACGUAACACUACCGCAAAUUGCUUGUGCAAUUAGUGGAGUGUUUACUCUAAAUUUGACCAAUGGCAACCACUCAUCGGUGACAACAUCACAAAUAAACGUGUUAGUAAAACCAACAUCACCACCAACAAUAUCCCAGAGCACAUAUCUAGAUUUCCAGACUGGACAGAUUGAGUGUACAGCUGACGUGGGGAAUCCUGCUGUCCAAAUAACUCUUCACGCCUCAAAUGGAAACUCAAACAACAGCUUCGUCGAAUUGACGUCACAAUCCACUGGUGAUGACAUACAAGACGGAUGUACCUUCACCAGAACGAUCCGGUCGACAUCAUCUCUUGUUUCAAUGAAUGGAACCGAUGUUAAAUGUGUGACGUCAUUCUCUUAUAGCGGAACUAACCUACCCACAACACUGGAAUCGAGUUUAUUGACAAUUCUGCUGAUACCCGGUAACAUUUGCGACUCUGCCAAUGCCACUUUCAUACUUCAUCCGUAUGAUUGUCAUAAAUACAUACAGUGCGGGGACAGCACCACCACAGAAUUUUCGUGCGCAGCCACAACAUGCUUUACCAUACCCGGGAACUAUUGUGAUAAUGACUGUAUGACUGUAUGUCCAUAGAUGAUACACGAAGUUGGAUUUACCAAAAUCUGGAUUUAACAGAUAAAAAACAUCGAAUGGGAUUGGAGGCGUGCAUGUAGGAAUCAAUAUUCUUUGUAUUAUGUAUGUGAAAGUGUUAGAUUUACAGGAUCCCUGUUCCACUGCACUGUCGUUUCCCUAUAACAGUAACCUCCCCUGAACCUCCAGUUGGGUGUAAAUGUAGUCCAAUAGUGCUAAUACACUUCCAUUAACCAGGUAGCUCAAUCAGUUACAGAGACAGAAUAUGUAUGGGAUAAUAAUAGUUAUUUUUAGAAGAAAAGAAAAAGAAAAAAAAAACAGAAAAAAACAGAGACUGCAUUCAAAUCUGAAGUCCAGGGUUCAAAUCCCGAUCUAGCCACGCUUAACUUCAUACGCACACAACACUCUUGUUCUUUAGAUUUUGUUUAUUUCAUCUUUAUUUCUUAUAUAAAAGUCCGGGAAGGUAUGGUUUUCUUUGAAAUGAUUUAUCAAUGUUAUAAGCAUGCUGAUAAAAACAGUUACAGAUUUUGGCAGUGGUACCGGGAUCCUUAACAAACUUGUAUUUAUAUUAUAUAUGUAUAUAAUAAUACUGUAUGAUGAUAUAUACAAUUGUAUGCAUAAAGCUAGAUACUGUAUGCAGAGUUCUAUAUACUGUAUGUAACAAUCUAUAACCUAGAUAUUGUUUGUAAAAUUGUGGAAACAUAUCGGUACUGCAUAUGUAAAUAUAUUACCUGAAUGAAAACAGUUCCUGCCUGUAAAAAUAUAGGUACUUAUCUUGAUACCGUAUACGCAGGAUAGUGUUAUAUAUUUGGUAUAUUCACGAAUUCUACCUGAAGAUUUUAAAUUAAAUUAUGCUACAAACCUAAAUAGCACUAAAGGUCUCAAUAGCACUACUUAUUUGAAUAACACUAUUUCGAAUUAUUUUGCAUCACUGAUAGGUCCGAGAAAAACAAAGCAGCUAUAUGAUGCAGUUUGUUUGGCUUACUACAUGUAUUAAUUACCAAUUUUACUAUAGUCCAGUCACCUAUGUGUAUGUUUCACGUUCACCUAUCCAAAUAGUAUUACAUAUGGAUCUCAAUAACAAUGCAUAUCUAUAGAUCACCAUACAUGUUUCUCUAAAUAACGCUAUACCUCUAAAUAACGUCAUAUCUCUAAAGAACACUUAACUCUUUAUAUCAUACGAACAAUACUGAUCUACAUAAUACAACACGUCUAAUAAUGUUAUUGAGUUUAAUAUUUUGUAAAACUGCGAAUUCGUGAACAUAUGCACCAAUGAUGAACUUGCGUUAUAUCAACAAGAAUGCAGUAGUGAAAUGGUAUAAUUAAUAAAUAUAUAGUAAGGUUUACUUAGCAAAUAUAUUGUAAUGUAAUGAUAUAAUCAACAAAUGUAUAGGAAGGUAUACUUUACAAAUGCAUAGUAAUGUAGUGGUAUAAUUAACAAAUGUACAAUAAGGUAUUAUUAACAAAUGUAUGGUAAUGUAAUGGUAUAAUUAGUAAAUGUACAAUAAGGUAUUAUUAACAAAUGUAUGGUAAUGAAAUGGUAAAACUAAUAAAUGUACAAAAAGGUAUUAUUAACAAAUGUACAGUAAUGUAAUGGUAAAACUAAUAAAUGUACAAUAAGAUAUUAUUAACAAAUGUAUGGUAAUGUAAUGGUAUAACUAAUAAAUGUAUAGUAAGAUAUGCUUAACAAAUGUACAGUAAUGUAAUGGUAAAACUAAUAAAUGUACAAUAAGGUAUAAUUAACAAAUGUAUGGUAAUGUAAUGGUAUAACUGAUAAAUGUACAAUAAGGUAUAAUUAACAAAUGUAUGGUAAUGUAAUGGUUUAAGUGUGCCAUAACACAUGGUAUAACUUACCAUUGAUAAUUGAUAUUACUGUAUAAUUAUUUCGUGUAAAAUAACGGUUUAAAUUAACAAGUAUACAGCCAAACAAUAGUAUAAUAACCCAAAUAUAGAAAGCAAGUUCACACAACUUAUUCCUACAUCAUUAUAGCUUAAAUAAAAGUCUCUUAGAGAUCAGUGAUUUGUAAUAUCAACUCGAUGUUACUAUUUUAGAAACAGUAUGUCAAUACUCUUGUCAUGACUCCGCUGAGAUUUUAAAGUCAUAAUGUUCUUUUGCCAAAUACUGUACUUUUCUUUUGACACAGUUUUUUUACAUUCCAUAUUGUUUAAUUAACAACAUAAUUUAUCUUUAUCUAAAAUAGCAAUCAAGACCUUUUAUUUCGGUGACAAUAUGUGUAUAUAGAUCUUCGUCUCUGUUAAUACAUUUUUCUCAGGUUUAUAUAAAUGUAACCAUAUAUUCACCUCGACAAAAAUCCAUAAUAUCUUUAAAUAUCCUGGUAUAAUAUUUACAUCAUCCGUACAUUUUUAGCAUGAUAUGCCAACUCAUAUACCAUUUUGUAUAAAAGCACUAUCAGUGAUACUAUAACUUCCUGGUACGUAACAGGAGUUAGUGGACAGAUUAAAUGAAAAUAUUAUUUUAUCAUUGUCUUGGAUCGAAGUGAUUCUGUCGCGAUUUCAAUUUGUUUGUAAAUGUAUAUAUAAUCAGUUUGUUAUAUACCUGCUUAACCCAAUGGUAGUAUCAGUGCCAUAGUUCUAAUAACAUAGUUUUUUUCCGGAUUUGUAGUUUUACAAAUUCAACAUGCUCACCUUGUUUAUGGUCGUUUGUACCAGGUAUAAUUUCUCGGAUUAAACAUGAUGAAUGAUGACGGAAAUUACAUACAGUGCUGGAAACACUUGUGUUCUGCCUCUGUUCUAUUCUGGUUUCAUGAUGCUCUUUCGUUUGCCUCAGUGUAGCAUGCGUACUUUUUAUAGUAUAUAUCAACUUUGGUUCAAGAUGUUUCAUUUGUCCUUAAGUGUUGACAACUGGUGCAUUUUGUCUGUGUUAAAAUUUGCCCUGGUGUGUUGAUCUUGGUUGUACAUUGCUGUGUUUACGCUGUGGUUUAUCUAAUCCUUAAGUAUUGAUGCUGUGGAAUAUUUUGUCAUAGCGUGUUGGCGUUGUGGUAUAUUUGCCCUUACUCCUUCGUGCUGUGGUAAUGUUUAAUCUUGUGUGUUGGCGCUCCGAUAUGUUUCUAUUUUAGAUUCCGAUAGUUCGACUGUUGAUAAGUUAUCAAAAACAAAAAAGACAAUAUUGGACAAUUUUUUCAUAAUUCACUUAUUUAAGUUUUUUAAGAUACGGAUUGUUAUUAUAUUUGUUUUUACAGACUAAUGAGGUAUUUUUAAUCUUCGUUAAUAACAUACAUCAAUAAAAUGUGUAAAGAAUA